AUGUCCCACGUGACCGGAUGUAAUCGACAACCACGACGUACAGCAAACUGCAAGGUCAUAAACGAAACUCAGUCAAGUACUGCCAGUGCCAGCACAUCCACAAUCAUGGAGGAAACAGCUCCAGCUCUUCAUUCAAGUGGAUCCAGAGAUGUCGAGUGUCAUGCAUGCGUUGGAAAGAAGCGCAAAGCCGAACAGACUUGUGUGGAGUGUGCAUCAUCAUACUGUGAGCAUCAUCUUGUCGUGCAUAACUCUUUGCACGUGGGAAAGAGGCACAGGCUUGUGGAGCCGAAUGCAAUGUUGCAGGAGAACAUCUGCCCUGAUCAUGGCAAAAUGCUGUUUGUGUACUGCCGCACAGACCAGCUGUGCAUCUGUCACCUGUGCAUUACUGAUAAACACAGAGGUCAUGAUGUCAUCCCAGUGGAAGAGGAAGUGGCCAAUAAACAGAUUAAGUUGGGGGAGUUGCAGAAGCAGACCGUUGACAUUAUUGAAGCUAAGGAGAAAGAUGUGCAAGAGCUGAGACAAGCUGUAGAGCUUUUCAAGGCUUCAGAAAUUAAGGCACUGGAGAAGAAUGAGAAGAACUUCAUUGAGCUGAUCCAGUCUAUGAAGGACAAUCAAAGCAAAGUGACAGAGCUGAUUCAAGGACAGACAAAGUCUGCAGUGAACGAAGCGGAGGGAUUCAUAAAGACUCUACAGCAGGAGAUCAGUAAUAUGAGGACCUUAGAUGCUGAUCUAGAACGCCUGCAGCUGCUCUCUCAUACAAACACUGAUGUUCGAUUUCUAGAGAGUGCUGUGUCUCUGCCCUCACUGACUGAGUAUAAAAAAACAUUCGUCUUCCUUGUGCAUCCGUACAAUUCUUUUGAGCGUGAUUCCAUGGCGGUUAAUGAACUAAUAGAAAAGCUAAACACGACCAGCAAGUUGAGUUUAUUCAUGAUUUCCAGAAAAGUGAGAAACACUAGAAUCGUAAGAUCACCACCACCACAGACACAAGAGGAGUUUCUACAGUAUGCAUCAAAACUCACUUUUAAUACCAACUCAGCACAUGAAAGUCUAAUCUUGAGGAAUGAGAACAAGGAGGUGAAGGCCUCGCACCUGCUUCAGGACUAUCCUGAACACACUCAGAGAUUUAACUGCAGGGCACAGAUCCUGUGCAACGAAGGUCUGAGAGGGUCCCCUAAAUAUUGGGAAGUAGAGAUUGGCGGGGGCACUUGGGUCUGCAUUGCUGUGUCCUACCAAGGGAUCCGUAGAAAAGGCAAGCAGCGUACACUCUUUGGGAGAAAUGCCCAGUCAUGGGGACUGCGCUGUAAACGUGUCCAUAUAGAAUUUUGGCAUGACAAUAAGACAACAUUUUCGAAGUUUCAAUCAUAUGGCUCCAAAAUAGGAGUGUAUUUGGACUACAGGGCUGGAAUCUUGGCAUUUUACAAUGUGUCUGACAACAUGAGUCUCAUUUAUAAGCACCAAACUGUUUUUAAAGAGCCUGUUUAUCCUGGGUUCGGACUGGCUGGGAAUGGUUCCUACGUGAGACUUUGCGAUCCAGUGAAAAAUGAGACCAAAACAUCCCUUUCUUCUCCAUUAAUGUUUGGUAGUUUGUAAGUUGUAGUGUUUACACAUGCAGCUGUCAUGAAAUGCAUCUUAUUCUCAAAUAUGCAAUCAUUCAUUAGGAUUUGGAGGAAGGAUGUGUUUUUUUUGCAUGUAGACACGUGGUGGCAGCACUAGAUAAGUUUUGAAUUCAGCCUUUUUAUAUCAGCAUCUGUAAUUAUGAACAGCUCAAGUUUAGCCAAGAAUAACCAAAGAGGAAAAAAAUCCAUGUUUUGUAUUAUAUGAAUCAUUGCAUGUUUAUUGAAUGUUUGAUUUUAUAUACUGUUUUUAAACUAUAGCAAUAUGCAUAAUCUCUAUUUUUAACAUCUUCUGAAUAUUUAUGAAAUUAUUGCACAUCUCCUUAUGCUAAUGUUGCAAGUGCUUAUCCAUUUCACAUCUGCUGAUCUGAAUGGAAAUCUGUCGUCCUAUCUAAUCCUUCCGCCACAUCCACAUACUAUAUCUGUUCCUGUUCCCACUAUCUGUCUAUAUUUUAUUUCUCCGUUAUGCAUUAGUCCGUCUCUCCUGUCAUGCUCCCUUCAGGCUGCACUCUUCUACUAUUCCAACAAUUAUACCUACAUGGUCUCUUUUUCUCCCUUAAACCACACAAAUGCACAUACUAACACACACGCACAUCAUCUCAUUCAGCAGAUAUAUACCGAGGCCCAGAGGGUUGGUACAAGGGACAACACCAAAGCCAGUCGCCUCCUGCCCUUCCCCCUGCUACCCACCCUUCCAAACACAAAAUCAGCCUAGGGGUAAGUGUAGGGCAGACACGGUUUCAACAGAGCAAGCAAUGCCAGAGCAACAGAGAAGCACAGGAAAUGUGUGUAGAGGGAAGGAUAGGCACUAAUAGCGAACAUCAUAGAGAGAGAAAGUGUGCCAUGGUCCUCAGGGAGCCCAUUUACAGUUCUGUCCAAUCACAGACAUCAUUUUCUGCCUGUAUUAUCCUUUUAUGAGUGACGGGGAUUUUAAAAUACUCUAUUAUGAAAGAAACCAUUUCUCUCACAGCCAAGGACACUGACACUAGUCUCUAUAAAUACCCGUUUUUAAACACUGAGUCACCGUAUAGACUCGAAACGGUAGGCACAAACACCUCCUAGCAAUUACCCAGUAGGCAGAUGCUGAGGUCUGUCACUCUUGCUGCUAACAAGGUGCAUGACUCUCUUGAUGCUGUUGGAGUAAGUUGUUGUAUAAUACACAGUUUUCUCUCUCACACUGAUGUAUUUCCUGUUGAAUAAAGAGGUUUGGCUG